CCCUAGGGUGGCUAUGGAUGCAGCUGACUGUCUCACCCCAUCAUUUCCCACCUCUAGUACCUGGCUUUCUCCACCUCAUUCAAGCUGAUCUCCCAAGCCAUUUUCUAAGCCUUGCACAGAAAUAUGGACCACUUUAUCGGUUUCAUCUUGGGAUACAAGAUGUGGUGGUUCUGAACUCCAAGAAGGCAAUUGAGGAGGCCUUUAUCAAGAAAUGGAUGGAUUUUUCAGGGAGACCUCAAACAUUCACUAUCCAAUUGGUAAGCGAGGCUGGCAAGGACCUGUCUCUCGGGGAUUACACACCACUCUGGAAGGCCCAAAGGAAGCUGGUACGUUCUGCUCUUCUUUAUGGCCAGAAUAACAUGGAGCCUCUUGUGGAGAAGAUGGUACAGAAGUUAUGUAAGAGGUUCCUUGCCCAGGCUGGCUCUCCUGUGAACAUAUCUGAGGAGUUUCUCACACUCACUUGUAGCAUCAUCUGCUUCCUCAGUUUUGGGGAAAAGGUUAGUUACUCAGCCCUGUUCCCUUCCUUUAACAACUGUGUCAAGGAAUUGAUGGUAGCUUGGGACUCUUGGCAAGUCCAGAUUUUGGACAUCCUACCCUUUCUCAGGUUUUUUCCCAACCCAGGUCUCAGGAAGCUGAGGCAGAUAAUAAAGAAACGGGACAAGAUUGUGCAGAAGCAGUUGAGAUGGCACAAGGAGACAAGGGUAGAAGGACAGACUCGGGAUUUGACUGAUUACAUGUUACAAAAACUAAGGGAGCAAGGAGAGGGGCCAGGUCAGCUUUCUGAGGGACACGUGCAAAUGGCCUUGGUGGACCUCUUCAUUGGUGGCACAGAGACCAUUGCAUCCACCCUCACCUGGGCCGUGGCUUUCCUGCUUCACCACCCGGAGAUACAGAGGCGGCUACAAGAAGAAUUGGAUCAAGAGCUGGGGCCAGGCUUUUCAGGAAACUCUCCCAAUUAUCGAGACAGAGCUCGGUUCCCGCUGCUCAAUGCUACUAUCACUGAGGUGCUCCGGCUGAGACCUGCAGCUCCUUUGGCCAUUCCACACUACACCAAACAACCCACCAGCUUAUGUGGCUUUGACAUCCCUAAGAACACCAUUAUUAUCCCCAACAUCUAUGGUGCUCACCAUGAUGACAGUGUCUGGGCACAGCCUUAUGACUUCCGGCCUGAUCGUUUCUUGGAGCCAGAAGCAAGCCCAGUAGGGAUCCCGUUCAGCUGUGGGGCCAGGGUGUGCCUGGGGGAGCACCUGGCUCGCUUAGAGGUCUUCGUGACCCUGGCCCAGCUGCUCCAGGCUUUCACAUUGCAGCCUGAGGGCAGCCACGUCCUGCCUUCUCUGAAGCCCAUCUUUGGGAGCAAUACAAAGGCCCUAGGGUUUAAGGUGCGACUGCUGCCCCGUGAGGCUGCAGCUGGAGUGACAACUUCUGCAACCUCUGGCUCUCCACUAUAGAGUGCACCAAUGAAAUGCCUAAAUGCAGGCCUUGAACCGCUGUUUCUCCUUUAUUGACUUUGUACACAGCUCUCCCCCCUCACCCCCUGCUCCCCAUAAACAAGGUUCUUUGCAAUUGACUGGAAUAUUUUUUUUUCUGGGAUCUAGGAGCAACUUGUUUUGUUUUGAGGGCAGGGAAGGGGAAUGUUAAAAGUGUAUCUAAGAAUGUAUUUGCUAUUGAGGAUUUUUAUAAAUCCAAGUGCCAACCUUUAUCUCUGAACCAAAGAGCCGGUAUUGCCUGCUAGAGCACACAGGUAGCUAUAUCGGUAAACUGAGGCCUUUUUCACCUUAACGUGAAAAUACAGCCCCCACCUCCCCACCUCCACCCCUCUACAUCAGCAUUCAUAUACAGAAUAUAAAGGGGAAAGCUGUAAUUCCUUAAAAACUGAGGUAAAGAUGGCUCUUUCCUCUCCUCCCUUCUCCCUACUGGAAGUGACCCUUGACUUAAGUUACUCAGAGGCAUGGAAAAUUCCUUAGGGAACUUCAAUGAAAGGGGAAAACCCUUAUCUACUCAAUUUCAUUCUUCUCUCUUAAAUCCCUAAACUCUCAGGAAGAUCUCUCCUGGAUUCCAAAAUUGAGACAAGGCUCAGUUCAGCCCAAGUUUUGUAUAACCCCAGCUCUUGUAUGUAACAGAUUUCACAUCAUAAACUGAAUGGA